GCUAAGAAGCAAGAAGUGGCAGCACAGAAAGCAGCCGCCGAGAACGCGAAAAAAGCAGCAUCAGAAGAGAAGGAGUGGCAGAAAGGAUCAAAGGACAGCAGUAAAGCUGAUGCAGCAGCCGCAAAGCAGGCCGAGAUUCUAAGAAAGAAGCAGGAGAAGGAAGCGUUGUUGAAAGAGGAAGAAGCAUCGCUUCCAUCAAAACCAGUCGGCGGCAAGAACAAGGCUCCUGUCAAGAAGACUCGAGGACUCGACCUUUCUGCCUUGGACGACGAGCCAGCAUCGUCCAAGAAGGGCCCUGCACUCAAUGCAACGGGUAUUGACAAUGCCCUUGACGCUCUAUCCUUGACCUCCAACAACAACGACAAGAUCGAUCGUCAUCCCGAAAGAAGGUUCAAGGCGGCCUAUAAUGCGUUCGAAGAGAGGAGAUUAGAAGAGAUGGCAGGGGAGAAGGGUCUUCGGAGACAACAAAAGAUCGACCAGAUCCGAAAGGAAUUCGAGAAGCACCCCGACAAUCCUUUCAACCAGGUGGCAGCGUCGUACAACAUGAGCAAAGAGGAAAUCGCUGCGCUGAAAGACAGCGAGAAGGCGAGGAAGGAAGGCCUGUUG